CCCCUGAUAACAGUAUUUCCCCGGCGGCUGACGCCGCAGGGUGCUCCGGAUGCGCUGCCGCGUACCGGGAGACGAUAUCGUAGUCGGACGGAUGGGAUCCAGAAGCCAUCGAAUGGCCGUUGAAGGAGGCCAUCGCUGCUGCUAUCCAAAUGGGUGGGGCGAAGGGGCCCUUGAGAAGGCCUUGUCGGAAGACCGGGAAAAUUUGGCAGCCACGCGGUGGCGUGACUUUGCCACCUCAUACACGUGCAGGCAGGACAAAAAAGAAAACAGCAACACGUUUAUAAGCAGAGGGGUUGUCUAUCUGCGGCUGGAUGAGAGGGCGUCGCUGCCCACACUGAUUGUAGCGGAGGGUGAAAGCCCGGGCGAAACUCCGAGGCGACUGCCCUAGAUUUCUACCUGACUGCAGCAAUUGGUUCUACCUUUCCGACCCGUUGGCUCUAGAGCCUUUAGCGUAGGAGCGUUAAAUUCUCUGCAAGCGUUGUGAACGCAGGUGGUGCGAUGUCUCCGCUUUGGAUCCACUCCUCCGGGAAUCCCUUCCAUGCAUUACAGCAGUAAGCAUAAAUCACGUAUGGGUGUGCACGUCUCUUCAGGGCAGAUUCCGGAGCUAAAUUGACUCCUGUCCCAAUGCGGAAGCUAUGGCGGGGUGAUCUCAUCAACAUAAUCCAUCAGCAAGCACGGCCACACACACAAACGGGUAUGGCAGAGCUGCCAACAGUGAACGCCCCGCCGCUGAACUCGCCUCUCCAGAACUCCUCCUCCCCGCGGGACCUCGAACCAUCUGAAGGCGACUGGGAAAAGAUCCGGAAAUGGCAGGAAGAGCGGAUCCAGCGGAAGCUCCAGGGCCAGUAUGAGUCUGCAGUCUUGCACUUGUCCGAAGUGCUGCAAAACAACCUCACCACGCCCUCCCAGAUAUCCUCCGUCCGCGUCGAGGGCGCCAAGAACACACGCCCGAGCUUCCUCAAGUUCCUCAUUGAUCCGCUCGUGCCGCCCCCCAGCCCAGCGAACGACCUCCAACAGGCGCUGCAGAGCGCGCAGAAAAUUGGCUCGGUGCUCCGCCGAACAGACAUAUUCGAGUCCGUCGAGGCACGUUUGGAACGCGCCGAAUCACCCUUCGCGUCCAAGUACGACGUCGAUCUUGUUUUUGCAGCGAAGGAGCGCAGCCGGUCAUAUUUUAAAGCCUCGACGGAAGUUGGCGUCGGGAACAGCAACGAGGGCAGUGCGAGCGUCGUCGCGAGCCUGCGGAACGUCUUCGGCGGCGCCGAGACGUUCGAGGCCAACCUGUCCCUUGGGACGACGACCAAGCGCGCAUUCAACGCGACGCUCACCGCGCCCGUCACAGCCGACCUCAAUACGUAUGCGCAGCUGCAGUGCUUCAGCACGGACCGCGACCAGACGGCCCACGCGAGCUGCUUUGAGGGGCUCCGCGGCGCCAAGGCCAUUCUCAGGAGUGGUUUCCUUGCGGGUGGGAUGCACGAAUUUGCGUAUGAGGGUGUCGUGCGCAACAUUGGGAAUCUCAAGUCCAGUGCAUCACUGAGCAUGCGGGAGGCUGCUGGACAAACGAUCAAGUCGUCGGUCUCGCAUACGUUCACGCUUGAUAGCAGGAACGACAGGAUCAUGCCCACCGACGGCAUGUAUCUAAAGACUUUGCACGAGUUCGCAGGACUCGGAGGCGACGCGUCCUUCGCCAAAUCUGAAACACACGCCCAGAUCUCGCGGCCUGUGCUUCCUGGCGUGUCUGUAUCCUUCGCCGCACGCUCGGGUAUACUAUGGGGGCUUGGCAAGCCCACAUACUUUUCGGACCGAUUCGAGCUCGGGGGCCCAACGUCCAUCCGGUCGUUCAAGCCGAACGCUAUGGGACCCCGGGAUGCCGGGGACUGGCUGGGGGGCGAUACCUACUGGUCCACGGGUAUCAGUCUCAUCUCGCACAUCCCGACCAAGGCACACUGGCCGCUCAAGUCGCAUCUCUGGGUCAAUGCUGGGAGACUGGACAACUAUGAUAAGAACCGCUCGGCCGUAGAGAAUGUCAAAGACCUGGUGACGAGGCCAGCUGUGUCGGUUGGUCUGGGGCUAGUAUACGACUACAAUCCGAUUCGACUGGAGCUCAACUUUGGACUGCCCGUUGCGGCAAGCCAGAGUGAUGGCACGCGACGCGGACUGCAAGUUGGGAUGGGACUCGAGUUCUUGUAGUGAGCAGAUACAAAAUUAUACGUGUAUUUAUUAGCGUAGAAGCCACUCCCCUCUGUGAUACAAGCAUUACGGAUACAUGUAGAUAUAAAGCGCGGCACCUUCAGUUGCUCAGUAUCGGGGCUUUCCUGAUCCACUCUCGCCGCUCCAGCUCGUCGAUGAUGAAUGUCGCAGCUCCCGCCCUCGAAGAAACAGGUUUGAUCCUCCCGUCUCCCAUGUAGCCCGCCACAAUCUCGUGCUCGCCACCGCCGCCAUCGUCGGAAUGUAGCGCCAAGCGUAUGAGCGUCCAGUCCAGAUCCGUCUCUCGCACGACCUUGCCGACCGCCUCGAUAUCCUUCACCACAUUACGCGCGAUCGUCGCAAACGUCUUCCGCAAAAACACAAGGGGCAGCGAGAACCCGUCUUCGUCAUCGCGCACGGUCGGCGUCGUGAGCACGAUCAGCCGGCGUACGUCGUGCUUCUUCAUCGCCAGGAUGAUGAACCCGUAGGCGACCGCGAUGGGCGUGCCGGCGGGGUAGAACGGGCCCUUGCGCCCCGUCGGCCCGAGCGCGCUGAUCACUGCGUGCACGCCCUCCAUCGCCUGCGAGAGCUUGUCGAUCGCAUUCAGCUCGCCCUCGACGAUGACCACCGUGCGCGCGCCCACGAGGUCCGCCGCGAGCUUCAGUUUGUCGCGCACGUACAGGAUGAGCGUGCAUUGCGGGUAUGCGGCCAGGAAGCGCCGCGCGAGCAGCACGCCCAUCGCCCCCGAGCCGCCGAAUAGUAGGAGUCGCAUAAAGUCGAGUGCGUCAGUCCGCACCGGCGCUUCUUAUAAAAAAAUAUUUGCCGAAAUUGACGUCAACACACACAUGAGGGUUCCGUCCCCGACAGUCGUACAUGGCAACCUCAGCUCCCGUGCGCGUUUCACAGGCAUCAAAAAGGGAGUGAGCCCUUGUGCAGCACUGUGACAGAAAAACACGUGCAUCCGUGACACCGCGCGCUCCUGCCAGUGCCAGUGCUGCGCCCCACAACGGCCAUGUCCUCCGGCUCCCAGUCAAUAUACACGCCGACCGUGCUUCCGCGUCCCCCGAUCUUCCCCAGGCUCCUCCCGAACGCACCCCUGCCCCAGCCUGCCCCGUUCCCGCUCCAGGGCCGCGUGUACGGGCGCCUCAAUGCUUCGCGCAAUCUGCAGCGCGAGAUGGACGACCUGAGUGACGAGGAGACGGAGCUCGAGGACCUGAAUCUGGUGAUCCGGCACCGCGGAUUCGGGCAUCUCGUGCCUAUAGGCCGGACUCUGACGCAGCAGGAGGAGAAGAACGACGCCGAGUCCGACGAAAGCGACAGCGACUCGGGAGGCUCGAACAGCCCGCCGUCCGUCGAAGACGUCGGAGACUCGACGCAGGACUUGGAUGCUAGCAUGGAGGAUCUGGAUGAGGAGGAGGAGGACGAAGAAGGCGAUGAGGACGCUGACGAGGAUGACGAAGAACCCGAACAAUCAUCCGAGAUGUAGUCAUGGCCUUGUCCUUGACAUUUAUCCUGUACUUUUGUAGAAACCCAGUGCAUUCAAAGACAUACAGUCUGCAAUGAAUG